GACGUCAUUCUAUGUUAUGCAAAUAAUUUACCAGUCUCUACCAUCCCGAAACUCUGCGGAGAGUACGAAAUCGGACAAGAAUUUCAUAGAAAAUAAUUCUAAAUAGUGAGGAAAAAUCGUAUGUAACAAGUCGUAUAACUGCAACAUACAUGUGACGGUCAUUUCGGAUGACAAUAUAAGGAAAUAAACUUAAUCAAAGUAUUGAAUUGCAUCUUUUAGUGCAACAACAGAAUAGUCGAGGCAGCAGUCAAGCAAGAUGGGUUGCGCAUCUUCAGCUCAGCCACAGGGCCCAAGGGAAUAUCCAAAACAACCUCCUAAAGAACCACCACCACCACAGCAAUAUGGUCAACCGCAGGUCCAACCACAGAGAGCCAACCCUCCUCCACCACCACCACAAACACAAGCACCACCCCCACAACAACAACCUCAAACUGUUGUCUUGCAACAAAGUAUGCAAAUGAAUACAACAACAGGGCCACCACCUUCUCAACCAGCACAACAGCAGCCUCCUCCUCCACAACAGACAGCAGCUCCUGAGCAUGCUGAAAUCACUGAAGCAUUGGUGAAUUCCCUUCUAGAGCUAGAAGGUGAUAUUGCCAUGUUGGAAAGUCGUAAUGUAUUCAAGCAGUAUCAGAUGAAGAAGGAACAGAACUUGAAGGUAGAGGCACAGGUUAAAUCAAUGACAGCGAUGCAUCAACAGCUUGAGGCUCAAACGAAAAAAGAAUAUCAAGAUGUGGUAGACCUACAACAUAACACAUCAGUGAGACAGAUGUGGUCUCAACAACAGUUUGAUGCACAGAUGAGCAAAGAACAGCAGUUCAACCAAGCACAAAAGGAAUACAUGGAUGCACUCAACAAGCAGGAGAUCAGUCAGAAACAGUUAGCAGCUCUCAGACAGCAGUUGACCUUGCUCUCCAAUGAAGUAACUUCAUUCAAAGCAGAUAAGGACAAACUACAAGGAUUAUACGACAAACAGGAUGAGACCCUUGCAUAUAUCUUUGAUGGUAAAUAUGGCAGUGAGGCUGAGUACAGGCUGGAGUCUGAACUUGAUAUGCUUCAAGAGCGUAAGCAGAGAGUAGCGGUGGCCCGUUAUAAGUGGAACAACUCACAUACCCUAGUCAAGCAUGCUUGUGGCCAACUUAGCUUUGGGAUCAGAAGAUGGGCUGAUGUUAUACAAUUACCAGUACAGCAAAGUGCGAUAAGAUACCAGUUUGCCGCUGAAGCUCGUAACAAUCUUGUUGCUGCUGCACAGAACAUCACGACAGCCCAGCAGUACUUGAACACCAUCAAGUUCCCAUACUGCACACCGGAUGAGAUCGAGACACUGAAUAAAGCUAUCAAUAACAUCUUCACUGAUAUGAUGCAUCCUGAUAGGCACAAGCAUGCCAUGGAAUGCUACGUCACCGUCUACAAACGAUCAGCAGCUCUUAUACAGUGGUUUGAGCAUGUGAUCAACAAGACAAUCAACAAAGAUUUGGAGAAGACGACAAGGAACUGUGCUGCCAAACAAAAAGAACUCAAGAUGGAGAGAAUGAAACUAGUCCAGGAGAAGGUCAAGGAGAAACUUGGAGCAGACGUUGCUUCUCGCUUGCAGACAAAGUCACAGGCUAAUGAUGCUGAGCUAGCAGAAGAAAAGGAUGAACCUGAGUUAGCAAUGUUGGUUGAUGCAGACUCUGUCUCACAAGCCGGUGAUGAUAGUCUUGCUCCAGAGGGAAGUGCUGAUGUGAAUGCACCCACUCCUCUUGGGCUUGAAGAGCUUGCUCCUACGCCUGCUAUGGAUGACAUCUUUGGUAACAUUGAGGAAUUGAAGAAGCAGCAUGAGGAGCAGGUAAAGGAAUAUGAACGUCAGCAAGAGGUGAACAAAACCAGAGCUGACCAGGAUCUACAGAGCAAGUUGGCUGCCCGUCGCUCUAGGCGACAACGCCAAGCAGCCCAGGAGGCAGAGAUGGCCGCCCUUCAAGGAGAUGCUCCGUAUUAGAGUACCUAGUGUCUAGUAAUGACCAAAGGCUGUCUGACCAGAGGUGCUGAUGACCAGUGGACAUACUGGUUGUUAUUGUCUGCCUUCUUCCAUUCAGGAUGCUGCCCAAGAGUACCAUUGACAGUCAUACAUACUUAUCUUUCCCCAUCACCUUGAUACUGCCUCCAGUCAGUCAUGUACUCCUGAAAAAAAAUGUGAACAGAGCCCUAACAGGAUGACCAACACUCUUCACUUGUUUUAGUUCAGAUAUUAUGGGCCUGAAUUUAAUAUUGGAAUGAUUUGUAAACUAAACUUUUUAGAUAUAUGAAUCACCUGAUAUGAAUGAAGCUUUAAUAUCAACUUGGUCCCGUUAUAAUUACUUUGAUUCUUAGUAGCUUUGAAAUAGUCAAUUUGGUUUGAAAAAGAUCUACUUAGAUUUUUUGUCAUCAAACUGCCAAAGAACUGAUAAUUGCUGUCCAUUCCAAUGAAUUGGUCUAUAUAGCAGACUCUUCUAUGAUUACAAUUUAAUCUCAUAUUUUAUAAAAAUAUCUUUACUUCCUGUAUAUAAUUUGUGCAAUUCUUUCAUUCUAUAUAAUCAAAUGGAAUAUUCGGUCCUGUCUCUGUUACUAGUAUACUGCAUUUUGACCAUAAAAUGCAUAUGUUUGUAUAUACCAGUAGUUGUAUUCAUUUGAUGUCAUAUAUUGUAUGGUCAGUAAUUAUACUGCAGAUUGUUGAGGCCAGUUAAUAAUUGUUUUAUGAAGUGCUAUAGCUAAUUUGAAAAAGAAACCUGUUAUGUUCGUAAACAAGGAAUACCAAGUGUAGCAAAAACAAAUAGGGAAAAUUUAAUAUUUGAUUUCUAGUGUCAAAGACUGUUAAUCAGUUCCAAUUGCUAAAGAAUAUUUCAGUUGGCAUUGUAAAAUCAGUUGAUGUAAUUAACUCAGUUGAAUUAUUACAACAUUCACACGUGUUACCUUGAUAAUCCAGCUUGCUCACUGUUUGUAUAUAUCUAUGUUUAUAGUUAUUGUUAUAAGUUAUGUAAAUAUAUCUGAGAAAACAACAAACCUUGUCUACAAAAUUUUCUCUUUUUAUUCAAUGAUGUCAGUAUUACAAUUACUUGGAAAUGUAAGAGAAUUCCAUCCACGUAUAAAAUCAAGAAAAAUUUUGAUAUGUGUAUAUUAUGCUUUUAGGGAUAUUUUGUGCUAUAUCUCCUGUACAGUGUAUAUAUUAUGCAGUUGAAUAUAUAUAUAUCAGUCUAUUUUCAGUGAGAUAAGAAAAUGUAUAUUUUUUAUGACUAAUUUGUCUGUUUUGAAAGUAUAUUCUCUGUAUGCAUACUGUAUCAUUCCAUGUAAGAACUUUUGUGGGUGGUUUUCCACCUUUUCGAUUGUUAAAAAAGUUUGAAGGUGGUUGAUUUCUCAAGUGGCUCUCAAGUUUAAAUGAGAUAAAUGUACUUCACUUUAUAUGAUUUAUGUGACUUUUUACCUCGAUACCCCCAAGUAAUCGGAUCAUCUUUCCUUUAGUACUUGAACAUGUGUUUGCAUACUUGGACUAAGUUUAUAUAUAUUCCAUCAAAUAGUACUAUAGUUUUCACCAGAACGAAAAUGGGAUGGAUUAACAUAAAGUUUUCAUCCGGAAACCAUCUACAAUGAGCAGAGGGUUAUAAAAGUUUAUUGUAGCAAAUCAAAAUUGAGAUGGAAGCAUACAACAUGUAUCUAAAAUGGUGAACAGUUGAUAUAAGAUAAAAAUGAUAAUUCCAAGUUAUUGAAUGUACAGCUGUGACAUUGUAGCAUAUUUUAUGCCUUUUAUUGGAAAUUAGUAUUUGAUGUUAUUUAGAGUUCUGUAGGAAUUUGAGGAGAAUUUUGUAGAGUAAUCUGUACUCUUGUUUGAUGUAAAUUGCAAAUUUUGUGAGGUUUUUUUCAUUAAGUUUCAUUGGGUAUAUCUAAAGACUAUUCAUUUGAUCAUCAUUUGAUUUCUUUGUCAGCCGAUUUAUCAUAGAACACUUGUUGUGUGAAAGAUGUAAGAUCUAAUAUCAAAGGGUGAAAUUUUUUAUUUAAAUGUGUGAGUAGAGAAAAAUCAGGUUGUAAGAUUUCAUAUUCUUUUUGGUACAAAACCACUUCUCAGGUAUGUGAUGGGACAAAAUUCAGGACACAAUAUUCAUAGCUUUCUGAUAUAUGAUCACUAAAUUUACCAGAUAAUCUAUCUGAUGAACUGAAAUAUUCAUAUUUGAAGAAAAUAAGAUAUUCAUAUUUGAAGAUUGGAAUGAUGAAAUGUAAUCCAACAUUUCUCAAAGCUUUAAGACAGUCUUCAAUUUCCACUUCUUAGUUUAGUAGUAUGAUCCCCUAGCAAGAAUAUAAUAAGAACUUACAAGUUUGAAGAGUAAGAAAAAUUAAAAAUAAAAAGGCAUAUAGAUCUAUGCAGAAGUACUUUAAAUAAUUUGAUAUAUAGUGAAAUUUUUUAAGGGGAUUUCUGAGCUCUGUAACCCAAAGAUUAGCGAUCAAUUAAUAAAUGAACUGACCAAUCAAUACCAAUGUUACCCGCACUUUAGGUUUAAAAUACUGACCAGGGACCAAUCAGUGCAGUUCUUUCAUAUUUGCAAACCAUCGCAAACCUUUGUGUUAAGGAGCCCAGGCCAUGGUGGUUUUAUCGGGGGUUUGUACUACAUGUAGGACCAGCUUGUUGCAACACACCAGUUGAACAAGAUACAUGUACAUAUGUGUGUGACAAUCAUUGGGUGUUCCAUUACAAGAUAUUGGUUAAAUUUGAUAUCAUUACUGUAAUGUACUUCUUUAUAUCACUACUACUUCUAUACAAAUGAUUAACCAAAUGGUGCCAAUAUGUGUUUUGAUUUCUAUGAAAAGAAUACUUGUUUUUGCCUUCCUUUGAAAAAAUGCCUUUUUUGCUAUUAUUCCAACAUUUCCACUUAGUUUUUCAGAAUAGGGCAUUUCUAUAAGCAUUUCUUCUCAAAAUAUCUAUUUAUACUUGUCAAUGUGACAACCCCUUCCCUGCCACAAAAAAAGAUAAUAUAAAAAAUGAUGGAUAUUGAAUAAAGAUAUAAAUGCAUAUCAAAAUUGGAAUGUAGUUUCAAAUUAAGUGCGGUUACAAACCAUUAUUCAGUUUGCACUUGUUUGUGUGGCAUCCGACACAAGGGAUUUCUCAUAAUUCUUCUAAACUGAUUUUUAUGUACAAGUAUAUGACACACAGGAUGACUGGUAUCAAAUACCUCUAGUGCAUCUUCCAUUAUUGUUGGAAUUUGGAGCAUAAUUAGGAAUGUGCAGCAGAUGCACAAAGCUUUUACAAAAUACUCUUGUACAUAUACUUUAGCAAGUUGAAAGAAAAUUCAGAUAUAUUUGUAUAUUUUAAUGUCCUCAGCUGAUUUGUGUAUUUAAUCCAUUUAUUACUAACCUUGUGUCUUUCAUGUAUAGUGUAUACACUAAAUACAGCUAUGUAAUAUUAGACAGCUUCAAAAAUACCUUGAAAAUGAGACAACUGUAAAUGAAAAAUUAUAUUUUGUGUGUGAUUCUAACUUCAUAUUUUGUACAUUUACAUGGUAAUGUAUGUUUUUUGCAUGAAUAAAAUCUAUUGUAGUCCCUAUUGAAAAGGGAAUGUGUUGUCAUAUUUGCAUUAUUUGUGUUUUGUAUUUGCUUGUAGAUGGUUGAUUUCUCGAAAUCAUUACAUUUUGAAUUUGUAAUUUGAAGGGGAAAGUCAAACCAUAAGACCAUAAAUGAUACUUUAUUUUCAACAUUCAUUUUACAACAUAGAUCUUUAGAAACUUAGAAACAAAAGAAUAUCGCGCUCGGACGGCCAACGGAUCGGUUCAAUUUGGAGAGAAGUCGAUCAAGCGUUCUAGUCUUGAAAUGAGUAGGAGUUUGUGAGUGUAUAACCUUUGAGAUGUGAGUCUCAAUAUAAUACCAUUGCAUUUAUAGUAAGUUUCUCCCAAUCUUCGUGUUCAGAUUGGGGGGAUGCUUGGUCUCAGCAGACUUGUCAUGGGGAAGAGAUACGGGGGAUGCCUGCUUUCCAUGUUGAUAUCAUGGUCCUGUUCAACACACCCAGACAAGUAGUGAGUUAAUCGCAAAUA